AUGGACUCACCAAGCAAUACCUUGCCCACACCAAGUAGUGAUAUCUGCGCCAUCGCUAGUCCCAUGGACGCAAAUGAUACUGGCACAUAUUCCGCCGUUCGAACAAUAUCAACCCCGUUAUUUAAGACUAUUUCGUCGUGCGUAAGUCACUCGCAAAGGCGGAAAUCGAAAAACUUCCAGGCCGAUACCGAAACGUUUAUUUCACAACUAAGGAAUACAAUACGGUUUGACAACAGCGAAACAAAUGAAAUAAAUAUCUCCGACGACGUUCUAUUAUACGAGAGCGGUUGUGACGAUGAAAGUGAAGAUAACGUGCAGGAACGUUUGUUUCCAAAUCUCGAGGACAUUGGAGUCAGGAAAUCCACAGAGUGA